AUGGCUGACGCUUCAUUACACCUGGGGAGUAUGCCUGCUAGUCCAGCUCAGGACCAACUCGGAACCAAAUCGGGACCAACUCGAGACCAACUCAGGACCAACUCGAGACCAACUCAGGACUACGUAGCUCGGAAACAACUCGGAACCAAAUCGGGACCAACUCGAGACCAACUCGGGACCAACUCGAGACCAACUCAGGACUACGUAGCUCGGAAACAACUCGGAACCAAAUCGGGACCAACUCGAGACCAACUCAGGACCAACUCGAGACCAACUCAGGACUACGUAGCUCGGAAACAACUCGGAACCAAAUCGGGACCAACUCGAGACCAACUCAGGACCAACUCGAGACCAACUCAGGACUACGUAGCUCGGAAACAACUCGGAACCAACUCGAGACCAACUCGAGACCAACUCGAGACCAACUCGAGACCAACUCGGGACCAACUCGAGACCAACUCAGGACCAACUCGAGACCAACUCGAGACCAACUCGGAACCAACUCGGGACCAACUCGGGACUAGCUCGAGACCAACUCGGGACCAACUCGAGACCAACUCGGGACUAGCUCGAGACCAACUCGAGACCAACUCGAGACCAACUCGGAACCAACUCGGGACCAACUCGGGACUAGCUCGAGACCAACUCGGGACCAACUCGAGACCAACUCAGGACUACGUAGCUCGGGACCAACUCGAGACCAACUCAGGACCAACUCGAGACCAACUCGGGACUAGCUCGAGACCAACUCGAGACCAACUCGAGACCAACUCGGGACCAACUCGAGACCAACUCGGGACCAACUCGGGACCAACUCGGGACCAACUCGGGACCAACUCGAGACCAACUCGGGACCAACUCGGGACCAACUCGGGACAACUCGGGACCAACUCGGGACCAACUCAGGACCAACUCGAGACCAACUCGGGACUAGCUCCGGACCACAUCGGGACUAGCUCGAGACCAACUCGGAAUCAGCUCAUGACCAACUCGGGACCUGGAUAA